AUGUCACCAACAGCCUCCAAACAAACCAAGCGACCUCCCCAAAAACCCCUUUUCAAACCAGCAGUCAUCCUCCACGGUGGUGCAGGAAAUAUUCAGCGCUCCCGUCUUCCUCCAGAGCUUUAUAGCCAAUACCACGCAUCUCUCCUCACGUAUCUCCGCUCCACCACUGCGCUUCUCAAUGCAGGUCUAGAAGAUACCAGUACUUGUGAUAUUAGCAAUAACGAUGCUGUCGAAAACGACCAUCACAUCUCGUCCGCCAGCGCUCUAAAUGCUGCAGUUCAUGCUGUAUCGCUUAUGGAAGAUGACGAGCUAUUCAAUUGCGGCCGUGGCAGCGUGUUUACAUUGGCGGGUACUAUUGAGAUGGAGGCUUCGGUGAUGGUUGCGUCGCUGGUCGACGAAGAUAGUGAUGUUAACAGCGUUGGAGGUGGCGGUGAUGGUAGUGGGAUAUUAUCUGGGCGAAACCUAGGGUCGAUAAAGCGAGGUGCAGGUGUGAUGCUGGUUCGCAAUGUGAGGCAUCCGAUUCAGUUGGCGAGGGAAGUGCUGCUUAGGACUGGGUAUGCAAGCGACGGUGAUAAUGGCGAUGACGGAGGUAGUAUGCAUUCUCAGCUGAGCGGGGAGUAUGUAGAAGGAUUGGCGAAGGAGUGGGGCUUGGAGUUUUGUCCUGAUGACUGGUUUUGGACGAAGAAGAGGUGGGAGGAGCAUAAGCGGGGAUUGGAAAAGGGAAAGACGAAAGGCUGGAGGACAGGUGGUGGAGAGAUGGAGAUUGUGGGCGCAGAAGGUGGAAACGAAGGUGAUGGCUUUAGCUUGUAUUUGAGUCAGGGAACGGUGGGAUGUGUUUGUCUCGAUCGCUGGGGGAAUAUUGCUGUUGCAACCAGUACGGGUGGAUUGACGAAUAAAUGUCCUGGACGCAUUGGAGAUACUCCGACGCUGGGAGCCGGGUUCUGGGCCGAGGCAUGGGAUGUUGAGGCAAUCGAGGGGGCGGCGGCCGACCAUUAUAAUGUUGGAGAUGGAUCGCAACGUGAUAUGCAAUCCAAGAGACAAAUGAUUUAUCAAGGCCAAGAUGCGACUCCCAUGCCACUUGUGUCGGCUUCUAUUUCAACUACAAUGUUACCUGCUUCUUCUGGGUUACCUUGGCCAAUCGAUUUAGAAAUAUUCCGCGAUUGUUUCUCUCCACCACCACGAUCGCCUGCAUAUACCUCCCUACCAACAUCCCAAUUCUCCUAUGAAAAAGCGCCCUUAAACGACGCGCCUUUCACCACUUACAGAGACGAUUCACCCUGUUAUCGCAAGCUCAAUCACCGCCGGCGAAUUCUCGCACUGUCUGGUACGGGCAACGGUGACUCCUUUCUCCGAACAGCAGCCGCCCGCACUGCCGCCGCAAUGGCCCGUUUCUCUCCAUCUGAAAAGCCGGUCUCACUUGCGCACGCAAUCACAGCAGUCGCGGGGCCUGGUGGGGAAUUGCAGCGUUCCGCUGGAAAUCGAUGGGGGAAGACGGGAGAGGGUGAAGGAGGAAUCAUCGGGAUAGAGGCAGAGUUGAAUAUUGAUGGGGAUGGACAGGGAGUGGAUAGGGAAUGUUUGCAGAGGGCUAAGGUUGUGUUUGAUUUCAAUUGUGAGGGGAUGUUUCGGGCUUGGAUGGAGAAUAAGGGUGGCCAGGAUGUGGAGAGGGUGAUGGCUUUUAGGAACGAGUAUGAGUGA